AUGAACCGUUAUUUCUCGCACCUUCAAACGGCCCUAAAUGAAGCUAGGGCAGCAUUAUCACUACCUCCUGUAUCUGCAGUUGAUGAGUUGAGCAUGAAAGAGGAAGAUAGCAAAGCCUCCCAGCGUGAACAGGCUGAUGAACAACCCAAUACGUUGGAGGUUGCCAUGGAGCAAGAUACACUCGCCUCCGCCCCAAUGCGGUCUCUCUAUGAAGUCACCAAGUCCAGCGAGGUGCACGAAAAGACCACCCAGUUUUCAGGCUUGGUCAUGGAGCCAGACUUUGUCUCUCGGGGAGUAAUUACCGAAGCAGAAGCUGGUCAGCUUACCAAAACAUACCUGACCCGACUGGACCACUUCUUUUAUGACCACCUACAAAAAUACGCAGACAUCAGCGAGGUACGCAAGACAUCUACACUACUUGCAUUAACCCUAUGCACAGUAGCAGCUCUGCAUGACCCUCUGGGUACAGAUGCCUAUGAUAAGUUGAGCAGAGAGCUCCGCAGCGUAACAUCGUCACUCAUGUUUCGUACUCAUUUGGGGGUAGAGGAUAUCAAGGCCCUGUGUAUGGGCUCGUACUGGCUGGGGAAUCUGACUUGGGUUCUGUCUGGUCUCGUCCUUAGAAAAGCAAUUGGGAUGCAGUACCAUACGGCGCAUAUGAAUCAGCCACAGACCGAUAAAGAAGGGUUCGGCAAGUCACAGAUGUGGCUAUUGAUAUUUUUAGCCAAUGAGCAAAUAUCGAUACUCCACGGCUCUCCAGCCUGUGGUGUGGAGCCUGGAUAUAUCAACUGGAAGAAUCACCUGGCCUCCCCCUUUUCAGGGGAGAUAGACCUGAGGUUAAUCAGUCAUAUUGACCUCCUUUUACUUUUGGGAAAGGUACGGCAGACGUAUGGGGUGGAUGCAAUGAAACCUAUCCCCCUAUCACUCAUCCCACAACUUCGAGAUUACCUUGCACAAUUAGACAGAUGGUCCCAGGCAUGGACGGGAAGACUAGCAAGGAACAAAUGGCUUGGAAACUUUCCAUCUCAGGCUGUUAAACUGCAUUUCCGAUUUGCAAAGUUCUUUAUAUGCUCCCAUGCAUUCCGAGGGUUAAACGUGGAAGCUGCCCACGUACCACUCGCUCCAGAGCUACAGGAAAUUGCAGGCAGUGCAGUUGCAACGGCAAUCUCCAUUCUCGAACUGCUUAUUGAAUCUGACGAACUACGUGCGUACCUUGUUGGAAUCCCGCAUUAUUUCCACACUAUGUUUGCGUUUGCGGCUGUCUUUCUUCUCAAGGUUGCCACACGUAAUAGACAGCAUGUGCAUGUUGAUACACAGCUGGUGUUUCGGAUUAGUCGACGCGUUCUGGAAGUGUUUCAACACUGUCCUUGCGCCAAACAGCACCUUGUGCAUCGCAUUGCUCAGGGGCUCCAGGAGAUGAUCGAGCGUUGUGAAGGUCAAAUCGCAACUGAAAGCUCCGGCCACCCUGUAAACCGAGUUCUAAACCGGGAGCCACCUAUCCCGGCCUCCAUGCCUCCUCCACCCACAACCUCAAACCCCGAGAUCGGAUCCCAGGAUAUGCUUUCGUGGUUUAACCUGGAGAACUUUGACUUCCUUUCUAUGUCACCUCCUACCUGGAACACCGAGUUUUAG